AUGCCACGCAAGCUGAGGGCAGCUGCCCAAGCGGCAGCGGAGUCAAUCAAAAAUGUACCUGUACUCCCUGAGGGCUCCGACGACGAAAUGGUUGAUGUUCCUUCGUCGCAAGCAUCCUCGCCAGUAGCCGAAGCAGAGGAAUCUACCGCCGAAUCCCCCGAGCAGGAUUACGAGGUCGAACCUGAGGCUGAAUCCAAAGUUGAAGUGGAAGGGGAGGGUGUAGACACUGAGGCCCGGACCCAUGCGGACCCCCAGACUGAAGGAGAGACCAUUGUCGCAACCCCCGGCGACAACGUCCCCCAACUUCAGGUUGGCGAUGACCCGAAGUACGGACCUGGUCGCCCAUCUGUUGUUCCCAAGAAACGUCGCAUCGGACGUCCACCCAAGAAUCCUCGCCCUGAAGAUACUCUCGACGCUGACGGCCACAUCCGCGUCACUACUCCAGUGAGAAGACGCCGAGGCCGUCCUGCUGCCAGCGGAGGACGCUGGGCCCGUAACCGCGGACCUUCACACCUCACACAAGUGCCCGUCGACAAAGAAGGCAACAUGAUGGAUGUCAUCAACGACGAAGUCUCGAUCCCUCCCGAUCCCAUCGGUGCUACCAAGGUUGACCAGGAUGGUCACCUCCAGGGAGGUCGUGAGUAUCGUGUGCGUACUUUCUCCAUCCUUGGUCGCGGCAAUCGUCUCUACAUGCUGUCGACUGAACCUGCCCGCUGCAUCGGCUUCCGCGAUUCCUACCUGUUCUUCCAGAAGCACAAGAUGCUCUACAAGAUCAUCAUUGAUGAUGAUGCUAAGCGUGACCUCAUUGAACGCGAUUUGAUCCCCCACUCUUACAAGGGUCGUGCCAUUGGCGUUGUCACUGCUCGCUCUGUGUUCCGUGAGUUUGGCGCCAAGAUUAUCGUCGGAGGCAAGAAGAUCACCGACGACUACGACGAGCAAGUUGCCCGUGAGCGCGGUGACGUCGAAGGCGAGCUGGCCGUCCCAGAGGAUAGAAUCCCCGGCCCUGGCGAAGAGUACAACCGCAAUCAGUAUGUUGCCUGGCACGGUGCCAGCAGUGUCUACCACACCAAUGCACCCACUGUGCCUCUCGCCGGCGGCAAGCCCGUUGAUACAAAGAAGCGACGUGUUCCCGUGACUGACGACAACUGGAUGUUGGAGCAUGCCCGCGCAGCAAGCAAUUACAACCACAAACUUGCCGACAUGCGCCGCACCAACCUGAAGGGAGUCUAUGAAGUGCACACCAACACCAUGCAAUACCCCAAGAUCAUGCAGCCAACCCACGCCCGCUGGGAAGCCGUCCCCGCAGAAUCAGACGCCCAAGCCGGUCUUGCAAGCAAUAUGUCUUCGCUCAACAUCGCCAACGCAGACAGUCCCGAAGCCACCGACGAGCCCACCAACAAAAACCUCAACGAAUCCAACGACCAACAACCCACCGACCCCGAAACAACCAAGCCCGCAACCAUCUUCCCCCCAGUCCCCCGCUCCGUCACAGACCGCUGCCUAGUCCAAGACAUCAUCUACGAAUCCCCCCAGUAUUCCAACAUGGGAAUUCCCGGCCCAGACGGCGAUCUCCACGACAUCGGCUACAACGGCAUGGUCAGCAUUGCCAACCCGACUCAUCCAGAGUUCAUGACCCCCGAAAUCAUCGCCCUCCUCCCGCCAGAGUGCAAGCAAGCCCUCCUCGACGCCGCCACCGCCGAAGUCGAGUGGAAAUCCAAGUGGGGCACAGAGUCGGAGAACGGCCACCGCGUCCAGCCCACCAAGAGCUACGCCUGGUUCCCUUGA